CGGUAUUGCCUUCUCUAGCCAUCUAGCGACGAUGAAUCGAAUUUAACUAUAAACUUCCUUUCUCUUCCGCUUUCUUGUGUCAGCGUUAAAGUUUGACAAUGAAGCAAAUCGUAACUAAUCAAACGGUAAAAAUCCCAGAAGGGAUUACUGUAACUGCAAAGUCUCGCCUAAUUACAGUAAAGGGGCCAAGAGGAGUUCUAAAACGUUCCUUCAAACAUUUGGCUUUGGACAUCCGUAUGGUAACUCCUAGGCUACUCAAAGUAGAGAAAUGGUUUGGUACCAAAAAAGAAUUGGCUGCCGUAAGAACUGUGUGCUCCCAUGUCGAAAAUAUGUUGAAAGGAGUUACAAAAGGCUACCAAUAUAAGAUGAGAGCAGUAUAUGCUCAUUUUCCUAUUAAUUGUGUUACUACUGAAAACAACUCGGUAAUUGAAAUUAGGAACUUCUUGGGAGAAAAAUAUAUCAGGAGAGUAAAGAUGGCACCUGGUGUGACUGUUACAAACUCCCAAAAACAAAAGGACGAAUUGAUUAUUGAAGGAAAUUCGCUAGAAGACGUUUCAAGAUCAGCCGCUCUUAUUCAACAAUCCACAACUGUAAAAGACAAAGAUAUUCGUAAAUUUUUGGAUGGAUUGUAUGUGUCCGAGAAAACUACGGUUGUACAAGAUGAAUAACUUGUAUUUAUAUAUAAAAAUAAAUUUAAAAUAAGUUUU